GUAUAACCCUGCGAUACCUCACCUCGUAUUAGAAUAGAAACCCUGUAUAACCCUGCAAUACCUCACCUCGUAUUAGAAUAGAAACCCUGUAUAACCCAGCGAUACCUCACCUCGUAUUAGAAUAGAAACCCUGUAUAACCCUGCGAUACCUCACCACGUAUUAGAAUAGAAACCCUGUAUAACCCUGCGAUACCUCACCACGUAUUAGAAUAGAAACCCUGUAUAACCCUGCGAUACCUCACCACGUAUUAGAAUAGAAACCCUGUAUAACCCUGCGAUACCUCACCACGUAUUAGCAUUCAGAUUGGCUUAAUGUAGUAUAUUCCAAACAGUUUGUAUAGAACUCAACACAAACUUUUGGUAUAAUCUGCAGAUUUGUUUGAUUUUCUCGGAGUUUAAUGUUAGCGUUGUGCCUUUGCACAGAUAUGAAGUUGUGGAAAUUAGCACUGCUUUUGCAUAUAAAGUCAAUACGUGUUAGCAUUGUACUUUAACAUGCACAAAUAAUAUCAAUAUAGCGUUGUGAUUUUGUCAGUGUACUCCGAAAAAUAAUGAUGAUUUUUUACUUACACACAUACAAGCAUAUGCGUUGAAAAUUUCCUAAGCUGGUAUCAGUAACUUGUGUUUUAGUGAUUAAGGACGUUAUCCUGCUGUACGAGGUUUAAACCAAACAGUUGUAUUUACCCAGCCAAGUUAAGUCUUUUGUUUUCUUUGACGUGUUAAACACACUGUGCCGUUAAUUCGGCAGAUUUAGUGGACUUUAAUGAAACUGCCAAAUAUCUGCGACAUAUGAAGUUUUUUCCACCUGAUUAGCUGAUUAUAAUACACACUGGUGCUUAAUAAUAUAUUUGAGAGAGGAAAAAAAAAAUGUGUAAUCUGUUUUGUUUAUAAGGAGACCGUGGUGCUUAGAAGUUGUAUAUUUUACUGUGCAAAGUUGGAUGUUGGGAUGAAAUUUUAUCAGUAUUUAUAGUAGUGAAACGAUAGUACACAACACACGACCAUGAGCAAAGGAAAGGAUAAGUCUUUUUCAUGUAAGUCUUUAUUCAGUUUUUAGUGUUUAGAUAUUUUUCACAUUAUAUUCGCAUUUUCUAAAGAAAGUUCGGGUAUAUUUUGGUUACCCUGGUCCGUCCGUCCGUUUGUCACACUUCACUCCCAUUUUAUUUUAAGCAAUAACCAAUCUUUCGGAAUAUGAUAGAUGGUGUCCUGCAGUUGUGCAAUAAGAUGGAAUUUUCAAUUUUACCAUGGGGGCCAAAUGGGGGUAAAAUGAUGUUCUUUCGAAAAAGAACCAGAAAAAAAUCUCUGGUUCCCAUAAAUCCUCUUACAUUUUAUGCGGAAGCCAAAUCAUCUUUUGGAAAGUAACUGGUGCUCCUCUUAUAUUUGAUGCAGUAGUCAACUCAUCUUUUGGGAGAUGAUUGCUGGUGUCCUGUAGAUGCGCCAUAAAUUUUCGGAAUUUUCUUUUUCACCUUCAGUGUAUUGUACCACGUGCAACAAGAAAAGUUUACUUUAAGGGGUUGGAAUCUUAACCAUUUUAAAGAUAUCUGAACAAUAAAAUAAAACGAUGGGGUUGGGAUGACCUCGGGGCACUUGCCCAUCAGAAUACCCAAUGCAUCUUGACAUAUGCAGCAAGAAUAUGUAUGGUAUAGGGUAUGUUAAAUGGUAGCUAUUGUGGCUUCAAGUAUACGAGGAGCGAAUAUUAAAGGCAAAAACUUGCGUACGGGUAUUACUGACUUUAUAAAAGCAAUCUAGUUUAUAUUUAUUAGUAUAGUUUAUAUUAUUUAACCAUUUCAAAAUCUGCGUUUGUAAUAUUUUUUGUUGAGAUGUUAAAGCUGGAUAACGAAAUAGUUUGGUGUUCAUACAAACAUACUAUCACAGAGAGAGAUAGAAUGGGAAAAGAAAAAGCAAAAUAUUAUCAUCAUAAAAGCAUAAAGGAAUAUAUAGUCUUUCAUACUGAGAAAAGGAAUCUUUAAGAAAAAGAGAUGAAUAGUAUUGCAGGUUACUUUUGAAUUGACAAAGUGACAGUACAUAAAUUUUGUAUCUUACAUACAUGUGAUUUCAAUAUAGCAUAUAUUCUUUGGGCAUUUCCAACCCUGUGAUUUUCUAGAUACUGUAUACCCCUAUCCAAAUUAUGGAUUUUGUAUUUUGUUGUCAAAUUGCAUUUUCCUCAUGUCUGUGUUUUAUUGGAACUCACGUGUUUUCAACUUCACUGGUCGAUUACAGUCUUCACUGGUCGAUUACAGUCUUUAUAAAUCGCUUGUACAGGGAUUUCAGAAAAAUGUUAGUCCUAAUAAAACGCACUAAAAUAAAAAGGGGGGGUGUGGUUUGACACCCCACCCCACCCCCCAAAUAUACAAAAUUCGAAAUAAGAUGUACAUGUAUAUGAUUCGAUGAAACAAAUGAUAAAAUCGUGGUAUCAGUAUCUACAUGUAAUUCUCUACCGUUAAAGCAGCGAUACACUUCCCUCUCACAUUUCGGAUUCUUUUUUGUUUUAAAUUUAAUCCAGGAAUCGGUGAAAAUUUGUGCAGAAGGAUGUUGUUCCCUCCAACUUUUCGUGCCCCAUUUCAGCUGUUGCUAAUAUUUAAAUGUUGGUAGAAAUUAAUCUAUCAUAUAUCUAGGUCAUUAUAUUAGCAUAUCCAAAAAAUCAAAUCUCAUUCUAUAUAUAUAUAAACCAAUGCCUUUAUGCAUUACACGUGCAGACAUGCAUGGCGUAUCUUGAUCACAUUAAUUAUAUCCCUGCAGUGUUUGUUCACCAUCGGCUAAAUAUAUCAUUGGAACGUCUGUAGUAGCAGUUGGUGAGAUCUGACACGGUCAUUUCACAGACACAGUACGACCAAACUGUAGUGACACAGCAUUUGGCCAUCAAUCUGUUGUCAUUCAUGAUAGGGACCCCAAGAAUGUCAGUUCCACAUGGCUGAACUGAGAUGUAAUUUUUAGGCAUAGGCUAACGUGUUUACUGUAAUUUAAAAGCUAAAAAUAUCUUCUCGAGUAAGGCGGAGGAAUAUAUUUUUUCCAUGUUUUAACAAAGAAAAGCUGGAAAAUUGAGUGGAAAGUGAAAAUUUGACUUAUAGCGAGGGUAAACAGUCAAGAAAUGGAUUUCUUUUUCGAGUUGUUCGACUCGGAGAAGAAGCGGAGGGCAAAUACAGACCCUCGAUUGAGGACAGGGAGUGGAGGGGAGCUCCCCCCUCUCAGGAGAGAGAGGGGCCACCAUGUGCUAAGUUUCAGAAAGUAUGAUCAAAAUAACAGGGAGUCAAACCGAAUUCGGGAGGAGAGGGUACGUCGUGAACUCCAUCGGCUGUACUUGUGGGACGUCAAAGAAUUUCUGGCAAAAGCCAAGGAAGAAUUCCAGAACAAAUGGGACCAUCCGGGUCAAAACACAGCUUGUCUAGAUGACUUUGAUAGAAUUAAAACCCUGGGGACAGGGUCAUUUGGAAGAGUCAUGUUAGUACAAAACAAAGCUAACAAGGAAUUUUAUGCCAUGAAGAUACUAGACAAACAAAAGGUAGUGAAAUUAAAACAAGUUGAACAUACUCUGAACGAGAAGAAGAUAUUACAGGCCAUACAGUUCCCAUUUCUGGUGUCGUUAGAUUAUCAUUUUAAGGAUAAUUCUAAUUUGUACAUGGUGUUAGAGUUUGUGACGGGUGGUGAAAUGUUUUCACAUUUGAGGAGGAUUGGACGGUUUAGUGAGCCACAUUCCCGGUUCUAUGCUGCCCAAAUAGUUUUGGCAUUUGAAUAUCUCCAUUAUCUGGAUCUCAUAUACCGAGAUCUCAAACCAGAGAAUUUACUUAUAGACACUCAAGGUUAUUUGAAAGUUACAGAUUUUGGUUUUGCCAAGAAAGUGAAAGGAAGAACAUGGACCCUGUGUGGUACCCCAGAAUACCUCGCUCCAGAAAUCAUUCUUAGCAAGGGCUACAACAAAGCAGUGGAUUGGUGGGCAUUAGGAGUGUUAGUGUAUGAAAUGGCAGCAGGGUAUCCCCCAUUCUUUGCAGAUCAACCUAUCCAGAUCUAUGAAAAAAUUGUUUCAGGAAAGGUCCGGUUUCCAUCACAUUUUAGCCAUGAUUUAAAAGACCUGUUGAGGUAUUUACUCCAAGUAGAUCUGACAAAACGAUAUGGCAAUUUAAAGAAUGGUGUCAACGACAUCAAAAACCACAAAUGGUUCUCAGCAACAGAUUGGAUUGCUAUAUACCAGAAAAAGGUAGAUGCCCCGUUUGUUCCAAGUUGCAAAGGACCUGGGGAUGCCAGCAAUUUUGAUGACUAUGAAGAAGAACCACUCAGAAUUUCUUCCACUGAAAAGUGUGCAAAAGAGUUUGCUGACUUUUGAAUUGGAACAAGCUAGGUUGCUGAAUGUUAACAAUUGGGAUAUAGGCCAUCAAAAAUAUUCAUGGAUCUCUAUCCCACAUGUGCAAUACACACAUGGUAAAAUGGAAUCUGAGAGAGUGUGUGUGAGGAGUGCAUCUCAUGAACACUGUGAUAGUGAGGCAUCACUCCAUCAACUGCUUAAAGGCCAGGCCCUAGUGCUAGGACUAGUCCAGCCAUUAUUUAUUGGUGUUAUAUGUCUUUUAUGUGUAUUUCUCAGAUGGAAUGAUUUUUACAACUUACACAAUUUAUUUGUAACCUUGAAGCUUUAUCUAUUUUCAGCAUUUUGUGUACAAGAGAGAAACACGAAAUCCUUUUAUAAUCAUAUUGCAUGACGCAUUUCAUAUGGUUGAAAUAGUGCAAGUGAAAUCAACCUUUGAAUUAUUAGCAGGUACAUAGAGAGAUUUGGUAUAACAGUGAUUGCCAAAAAUUUGUAUCCAGUUGUUAAUGUUACAGUGAUGUCAUGCUCAUAUUUACAGUACUUCAUUAACAUCAUUUUAUUAUAUAAAGUUUUAUUUGGUUUUAAAAAUUACUUAAAUGUUCUUUAAGGGAAUUCGAAGUUUUCUUUUUUUAAAGUACCGUAGAUCUGCAGAUGCUGCAAUAACUGAUGUGAAAAGGUUUUAUUUUAUGAUUUGAAAAUUAUGUCUUUUCUAUUAUUUCUUUUGCAAUAAUACAUGGGAGGAAAUGUAUGUUUGCAGACAAUUGUUAGCUUUAUGUUAGAAUGUGUUGCUGUAUAUGUACAUAUUAAGUUUGCAAUUUCAGAUAUGCAUUUAAUUCUGAAAUUUGCAUAAAAGUAUCUUUAUAUUUAACAUAUAAAAUUAUGUUUUAAAGUUAAAGGUAAUUAAAGAUGAAACUACA